UAUAAACUUCUUCUACAACUUUCACAUAAAGCUCAAUAUGAUAAGCCCCCCCUCAAUACUUUCAUAACACGAUUAAAAUUGUGUAAUGAAAUGUAUUUUUGUGUUCUUGUGUCUUGGUAGUCUGGUGGUGAAUGAGCAGUCGGUUUGGAGAGAUCAGUUCUAUGACGGAAACGUGAGGAAAGACUAAAGAGAGAGGGAAACAGCUCACCUGAUCGCCCAGUGGAUGGCUUUGCACAUGGGGUCUGCAACACAGAUAACUUCAGCCUGCUCUCAUCACCAUCGACUACGGACCUUUUGGCUUCAUGGAGUCCUACGACCCGAAUUUUGUCCCCAACACCUCAGACGACGAGGGCCGCUACAGCAUCGGAGCGCAGGCUGACGUGGGUCUGUUCAACCUGGAGAAGCUUCUAGAAUCCCUGCAGCCCGCCCUCUCCCCCAGCCAGCAGCAGCGGGCUGCAGCUGUGUUAAAGGGCUACGCUGGACUUUACCGGAUGAGAUUUCACCAGCUCUUCAAGGCCAAGCUGGGGCUACUGGGUGAGGAAGAGGAGGACGGGAAUCUUAUAGCCUUCCUCCUUAAGAUGAUGGAGGACACAGGGUCAGACUUCACCAUGACCUUCAGACAGCUCAGCGAGGCGUCAGUGCAGCAGCUUCACCACGGUGGCUUCACUCAGGUGACGUGGGCUCUUCAUGACCUCUCGUCCCACCAGCUGUUCUCUGAUUGGUCGAGGUUGUACCUGCUCAGGCUGGCCAGACAGGAAGGCGAUAAUGACGAGGAUCGACGGCACCGGAUGAAGAGUGUGAACCCCAGGUACGUCCUGAAGAACUGGAUGGCUGAGUCGGCCACCAGGAAGGCAGAGACCAACGACUUUUCAGAGGUGGUGCUGUUACAUGAUGUUCUGGGGAACCCCUUCAUAGCGCAAGAUGCUGCAGAGGAGACAGGCUAUGCAGCGCGGCCUCCGCUGUGGGGGCGGAGGUUAAAGGUCAGCUGCUCUUCCUGAUUGGAAGAACAUCUGUCAUUGUUUCAGACACACAGAUCUGUGUGCAUGAAACUACAAGAGUUUUUGUUUCUGAAAAUGUCAGCUGACCUCAAACUUAAAGGUCAGAGCCACCUGAGAACUCAUCAUUCCCUCCCUUUUAUUUCCUGUUGGACAGAAAUACGGAGAACUUGGAUAUUUUCAUCUGUUACUUCCCCAGGGUAGGCUGAGCAUCAGAGGCUCUGUGUCCGAAUCUCUGCUAGCUAGCAUGCUAAGUGCCCUAACAUGCAACGUAACAUAGCAUCCACAGGGAAUAUGUGUGUACAUUUAAGGAGAAGAUAAAACAGUAAAUUCUUAAUUGAUUUGCGAAAUGGAUCUUUAUGUUGACUAUAUUAAUACCAAUCGCAUAAACAACAAAAAUAAAACUCACCAUCAAAUCA